AUGGGUGAUCGUGGAUAUGGGCGAGGUGGAUAUGACCGCGGAUAUGGCCGUGGGCGUGGAGGUGGUGGCGAUCGUGGUCGAGGAGGUGAUGAAGGUCGUGGGCGAGGCGGUGAUCGUGGUGGGUUUCCUCGGGGACGAGCAAUAGGUCGAGGCGACUAUGGAGGAAUUUCUCGAGGCGGUCAAGGCUACUAUGGUCCAUCGACUCAGAUGAUCGGUCCUCCUCUUCACGCUGGUGCUAUUCCUGCUGUCCAAGUGAACGUACCGCCUCAAAUUCAGCGUGGACACCUUACCUCUACGAUCGGUCAGCUGGCGAUAAGGCCAAAUUAUGGAACUCGUGGUCGCAAAAUCCAACUAUUUGCAAACUUCUUUCGUAUGAAGUUUCCUCAUUUCGAAGUAUUCGUAUAUGACUUCGCCAUCACUCCUGCUGCACCGAAGCAUGUGAAACGUAUGGUCUUUGAAGCAUGGAAGGAACAGUAUUCUGCUACCUUGAAUGGCACCAUGCGCAACGUCAUCAAUCACAUCAUUUUUGAUGGCGAGAAGAACUUUUACUCGAUGCGACUAUUGCCCUUCUCACAACACGAGUUUACUGUGGAGGCUGCUGAUGGUCCUGAAGAUAUUCGUCGACGCACGUAUGCACUUAAGAUGCAGUCUACCACUCGAGUGAACUUGGACACUUUGGAAGAGUUCUUGAAUUAUGAUGGAACUGGAAUACAGCCUGAGCUUUCUCGAACGGCCAUCCAAGUUUUGGAAAUCCUGAUCCGUCAUGUACCUGCCCUGCAGUUCACUACUGUCGGUCGGUCAUCAUACUAUAUGAAGACAACUCCUGGGAGGCCCAUUGGAGAUGGAUUGUUUGUUCACUUGGGAUGGUUCCAGUCGAUUCGUCCUGGCUUUACUCAACUAUUGUUGAAUCUGGAUGUCUCAGCUACUGCUUUCUAUGAAGUCGAUACCGUGGCAAACGUCGUGGCACACUUCUUAGGAGGACAGUCAAUCGCCGUUUGGCACCAGUUUGAAAGACGACCCAAUGCGAUCAAGGAUGCUGGAAAGUUCUUGCGUUAUGUUACCGCAGAGCUGAAUUAUCAACCAGCUGGAAGUCGAAGAAAGUACAGGAUUACUGGUAUUGAUACUCAACCCGCUGGCCAACGCCGUGUACCCUAUUCGGAUGAUGAUCCUUCAGGCCAUCCUCCAAACGAAACGGUCGCUCAGUACUAUCUUCGAGUGCACAAUAUCACACUUCAUCACCCUGAUGUACCUUGUGUUACUGCUGGUACCAAACGAACAGUGUAUUUGCCAAUGGAGUUGUUGACUGUCUGUGCUGGGCAACGUCAUUUAGGUCAAUUAAAGCCUUCGCAACUUGCUGAAAUGAUCAAGGUCACUUCUACUACUCCUGAUGACCGAUUACGCCGAAUCGUUGAUGGUGAUCGUGCACUACACGCAGAUUCCAAAAUCGCUGCCUUCCUGAAAGAAUGGGGCCUUCAAAUUGACGAUAAGAUGCUUCAAAUUGAGGGUCGUAUUCUUGAAACACCUGCUCUCACAAUCGGGCGAAACCAAGUCACACCACGUGAAGGUAGUUGGCAUGCCAACACCUUUGCAGUACCAGCUGGAUCGAGCAUUCAAGGAUGGUCUCUCACGUAUUGGUCGAUCUUGGUACUCGAACGUCCUCAAAGCCAUGAACUUCGAGCUAUUGAGAAUGUUCGAAGGAUAUUGGUUGACGUCUUGACAAAAAAAGGAAUGGUUGUUGGAAAUCGUGAACCGCAAAUUAUACAGGCAAAUGGAGGAAAUGUCCCAAACGUCCAUGGUCUUAUAUUGCAAGCUGGAAAGGCCGCAAUCACGUCCAAUCCAAAUGCCCGUCCUCAGUUGAUUGUCGUUGUGUUGCCAGCAAAGAACUACUUUGGUUAUUCGGAAAUCAAAAAGGUCGCAGAAACCGAUUUGGGUGUAAUGACUCAAUGCGUCGCUCUCCCCAACUUGAUGAAAGAUCGUGGCAUUGACAUGUAUUGUGAAAAUGUCUCACUCAAAGUCAAUAUCAAGCUUGGAGGUAUCAACAGCUACUUGGAUCCUGAAAGAGAGUUGACCUCGUUUGUUCAACUUCACCAACGAGUUCCAACUAUGUUGAUUGGAGCAGAUAUCACUCAUCCAAGGCCUGGCAGUCAAGGAAGAUCAAUCGCUGCUGUCGUUGGAAGCAUGGACCAGAGAUACUGUUACUACCAGGCAGCUAUUCGCUCUCAGACGACUCGUGUAGAGAUCAUCUCUGACAUGAAAGAAGCUGUCAAGGAACUUUUCCAAGCUUUUUUCAACAGGUCAAGAGUCUUCCCUUCUCGUGUAGUCUAUUUCCGAGAUGGAGUGUCGGAAGGACAGUUUACUGAAGUCGUGCUGAAUGAGGUCCAAGCCAUUAGGACUGCUGCUGCAGAACUUGGAAUGGGAAAGUUGACCUUGAGUUUUAUUGUCGUCACAAAAAGGCAUCACGCUCGUUUUGUUCCUGUUAAUAAAAACGAUGGUGAUCGAAAGAAUGGCAACUGUCUCCCAGGCACCACUGUAGACACGACGGUCGUACAUCCAUUCUCUUUCGACUUCUACCAAUACGGCGGUCAAGGCCUUUUGGGAACUUCACGUCCUGCGCAUUACACUGUCUUGUCUGAUGAACACAAACUUGACGCUGAUACUCUUCAAGCCUUCACAUUCCGUCUCACCCACUUGUAUGGACGUUGCAACCGAUCCGUCUCGUUGGUUGCACCUGUCAUGUACGCUCAUCUGGUUGCCCAACGUGCUCGAUGCUAUGUUCCGGACGUCGGAGCUCAAUCUGUGUCAUCUGAAGGUGCAGAAGGUGCCGAAAUCCCCCUUCGAGCCGUUUUGGACAGUGUGAAGGGUACAAUGUUUUUUGUUUGA